AUGGGCAACUUGAGUGCUGUCUCUGAGUUCAUCCUUCUUGGGCUGUCUGACGAUGCUGAGCUCCAGGCUGUGCUCUUUGUGGUUUUCUUAGUGGUUUAUGUCCUGACCCUGAUGGGGAACUUGACAAUUCUGCUGGUGAUAAUGGUUGAUUCUCACCUGCACUCACCCAUGUACUUUUUCCUGGGCCACCUCUCCUUCCUGGAUCUUUCCUAUUCAUCAGUCUCCGUGCCCAAGGUGAUGGAAAAUCUAAUAUCUCAGACAAAAACAAUCCCUGUGAAGGGAUGCCUGGUCCAAGCCUUCUUCGUGUUUGCCAUGGGGGGCACCGAGGCCUUGCUUCUUGCUGUCAUGGCCUAUGACCGCUAUGCAGCCAUCUGUCAUCCUCUCCUCUAUGGCCAGAUGAUGAACAACUGGUUCUGUGAGGGGCUGGUGUGGGGGUCCUGGGGCCUGGCCAUAAUGAACUCACUCCUUAAUACCCUCCUAGCUGUGAAUUUGGACUUUUGUGUCUAUGGCACCAUACACAACUACAACUGCGAGUUCCCUUCUCUCUUCCCCCUCUCCUGCUCUGAUGUCUCUACCAACGCUGCUGUCCUGCUCUGGUCUUUUGUUAUACACGGCUCUGCAACCUUCCUCCUGGUUUUAGCUUCCUAUGGCUGCAUCUUCUCCACUAUCCUGAGCAUGAGAUCCACCACAGGCAGAAGCAAGGCCUUCUCCACCUGCUCCUCCCACCUCACUGUAGUGGUCUUAUACUUUGGCUCAGCCUGCCUGCGCUAUGUCAUGCCAACCUUGGGUUCUCCCAUGGAAAUCUUCUUCUCCUUGCAGUACACUGUUAUCACCCCCUUGCUGAACCCCUUCAUCUACAGCCUGAAGAACAAGGAGGUGAAGGCAGCUAUGAGAAGAAUGCUUGGAAAAUGCUGCCAGCAUUUGAGUAAGUUCAUCAAAGUCACUGAGUGA